GUGGUGGAUUUACACGAACAUUAAAUCAGUGGCCAGAUGGCAAACCGAAAGUAAACUUGGCCAUCAUCAUCAUUUCUCAUCACAUGACACUGGAGGAGGCUGGAGGAGCAGUCCCUGGUUUUGCAGAGCUCGGCUGGGAAAGCUCUUCGUUGGAAGCAGAGGCAUUGGAAAGGAGCAAGCAGGUUAAACUAUAACAUCCAGACCCUGUCUUCUCAAUGGGUGCUCAGAGGCCUCUUAUUGUACCCUGGCUAAUGGAGCAGCUAGAUGCCCAGAGAUACCCAGGAGUAUCAUGGCUGAAUCCAGAACGGACUCGGUUUCGAGUGCCGUGGAAACAUGGGUCACGGCAGAGCAUUUGUUCUGAGGAUUUCCAGCUCUUUGAGGACUGGGCUAUUGCCAGGGGCCGGUACCGUCCAGGGAUAGAUCAACGCACUCCCUCCGAAUGGAAAAGAAACUUUCGUGCUGCUUUGGACCGAAAAGAUGGCAUUGACGUGAUACAGGAUAACAGCACAGACUCUGAAGAUCCUCACAAAGUGUUUGAGAUCAAACAACCUAAUAAUGCAGAUCUAGGUGAUGCUGCAGGGGGGGCAGUGAAUACAGCAGCUGAUGAAGGGUCCUCCAUUGCAACGGGAAGCGCAGCAGCAUAUGGAGACUUUUCUUUGUCUAGUCAGGACAAAACACUGGAGAGUGUGCUGAGUGACCUGGAUCUCUCCAGUUCCCUGGAAGCCUUGGCACUUGAAGCAGAAAAUCCCAACUGGUGUGGAAUCCUGCCUCCCACUGACUUGGAUCCAACUCUCUCUGGAGCCGUGGGGCCACCGUUUGAGCCAGUGUCGGAAACUAAUGCAUUUGUGGUUGCAGCAGAAAAUCCAGUUUGCUCUGAUAGCAUGUCCCUACCCAGUUUAAAUUUAAUUAAUCCCAUAGUCAUGGCACAACCAUUGGCACAGAUCUUGGACGCUCAAACACUUGUGACAGAUUUUGAGGUACGAACUUAUUACCGGGGCCGUCAGGUCAACAAGCAUAUGUUCAGUAGUGUGAGGGGCCUGUGCUUUGUCCCUCCUGGCUGCUCUGGCUACUAUCCUGAUUUGGCAGACGUGGUGUUCCCCGACGUAGCCAACUUGACUGACCAGAUCCAAGCCUCUUAUACCAAGCGCCUCAUCCAAAAGGUGGCUCCAGGAGUGCUGCUCUGUUUUGAUGGUCACUUGCUGUGUGGGAUGCGCAGGGGCCCUUGCCAUGUCUACUGGAGUCAGUCGGAGUUUCCUGCAGAUGGGAUGCUCCAUGGGGAGUUGCAAAAGGAACAGCUCAGCACCAUCUACACCCUCCAGCAGUUUGUGCAUGAAUUGAUUGGAUUCAUGGAAGGACGAAAUAAUUCCCCUAAUUAUACUAUAUGGUUAUGCUUUGGGGAGGAAUGGCCUGACACCGAACGCCCCUGGAAGAAGAAACUGGUCAUGGUAGAAACCUGUCACCGUCCUUAACUUUGCCACUCUGAGGAUGAAUUCACCACCCAGUAACCUCUGAAGUUCCACAAUCAGAAGUCAACGGGUUGUCACUUGAAUACUCCAGUAUAUGGACCAACUCCUACAGACAUGCUAUCAUCAUUCAAAGGAUUUGGUCCAGUGUACAUUUCAAAAUUUGUCUCCUUUCCUUCAGGCCCACCAUGAUCCCUAACCUUACUCUAGUAAGGUCUGAUAUAGCAUCGUCACCCAUCGGCAUGCUUAGGUAUCAGAUUAUGCUGAGAGGUGCUUUCAGCAGCUUCCUCCACUUUUGGAGAAUGCCCUUUUGUCAAAGAAAUGCAUAGAAGCACCACUCAUUUUGAAUGCUGUAUCCCAGUCCAACUACCAGGCACUGGAACAAAGACAAACAAACCUUUCGGCUACAACACUACUUUGUUCCUGUAAAUGUGUCUUCUUUUGCUAUUGCACUCAAAUCAUUCUUAAAUUACUAGGAAGAGCAAUUCCAGCUGUGCAUUUCAUCAUUUGACAUCCAUCUAAAUCUAAUCUGUGCAGAGGCAUUCAUUUCUAAAAGCAUCAUCAUUACCCUAUUAUGUUAACUAGGUGGCCUUAAAAAGGAACAAGACAAGCUGAUGGAGGAAACACAGGCUACUAAUCAUGUUGGCUAUAUACUAACUCCAGGGGUGGAAGAUAUCUCUCUCUCUGUAUCAGUUGUUGGGUAGCAAGAGCAAGAGCUGUGGCAUUUAUUUUGUGUUUAUGGGCAUCUGAUUGGCUGCUGUGGGAAACAGAAAGCUGGACAGGGUUUUGGUCUGGUCCAGCAGAGUUCCUCCUUAUGUUUUUAAAUAAACAGAUGAAAUACUGAGUAGUAAAAU